CACUAUCUCCGUCUGCCCUUCUUUUCUUCUGUUUUAUUUUUUUUAUAUUUAUUGCCGGAGGAGAUUAAUUAUUAUUAACAAUAAUAUUAAAUUUUAAAUUGCAAAACCCUCUCAUCUCACGUUUCUAUCUGACCCUACAAUUUUUUUUAUUUCUGUGCUUCUUCUCUCUCGUGUCGAUUCGAUCUCUGCCUCUCUCUGAUUGAUUUUGUUUAUAUAUAUAUAAAUUUAUUUAUUUAUUUAUUUUUGGUUUGUUGGUUCUACGUUGUAAUGUGUUUUUGAGCUCUUCCAUUUGCUUCUGGGCUUGAGGUUGAGCUUGAUUAGGGCUAAGUCGAAUGACGAGAUUGCCCCUGGCACUUCCGGCGGAGGCCGCCGCCGCCGGUUGGUGGGAUGAGAUCAACGAAUCCGUCGAGUGGCAGGACGGAAUAUUCUUUGCUCUUUGCGGUGUUUAUGCUCUCGUCUCCUGCGUUGCCCUCACUCAAUUGGUAAGAAUCGAAUUAAGAGUGCCGGAGUAUGGCUGGACGACACAGAAGGUUUUCCACUUGAUGAACUUCAUCGUCAAUGGAGUUCGCGCAAUCGUUUUCGGACUUCAUCGGCACGUGUUUCUUUUGCAUCCAAAAGCUUUGUCUUUGGUGCUUCUUGAUCUUCCCGGCCUGCUGUUCUUUUCAACGUAUACUCUUCUCGUCCUUUUCUGGGCCGAGAUAUAUCAUCAGGCGAGAAGCUUGCCAACGGAUAAACUCCGGUUUUUCUAUGUCUUAAUCAACGCAGCAAUUUAUGUCAUACAGGUCUGCAUUUGGGUAUACCUAUGGAUAGAUGACAACAGUGUGAUUGAAUUCAUCGGGAAGAUAUUUAUCGCAGUGGUGUCGUUUAUAGCCGCAUUGGGAUUUCUGCUGUACGGAGGGAGGUUAUUUUUCAUGUUGAGACGCUUCCCCAUUGAAUCAAAAGGGCGGAGGAAGAAACUCCACGAGGUCGGAUCUGUUACAGCAAUAUGCUUCACUUGUUUCCUUAUAAGAUGCUUCAUGGUCGUGCUGUCUGCAUUCGACAAUGAUGCUUCGCUGUACGUGCUGGACCACCCGGUUUUGAAUCUAAUCUAUUACAUGUUGGUAGAGAUUCUCCCGUCGGCUCUGGUGCUGUACAUUUUGCGCAAACUUCCUCCGAAGAGGGUGUCGGCGCAAUACCACCCGAUCCGCUAGCGACGACGGCGGCGGAGAAUGUCUAUGUAAGUUUGUUUUGUCUGUAUUUUAAGCAGCGUUAAUGAAUUUAGACGAUGGAAUUGUUGUGUUGUGUUGUGUUUUGUUGGAAGUUUGAGGUUUGGUCGAACUCAUAUGUAAGAAACUCUUUCUUCCUUUUUUUUUUUUAAUGAAGUAAUAAAAUUUAUAUUAUCAGUUUCUUUUAA